GUUCGGCGUACCGUUCGGUCGUGCUUCGUGUCCGCGUGUAGGUGUGAUAGUCGUUUUUUCGUUUUUCCUCACUCGCACGUCAUAAUAUAUUGUAUUAUUAUUUACGGGCGUGCGCGUUAUCGAAUCGUUAUUUUUUUCUGUCUACCGUUUUCCAUUUGCGGUCGUAGAAUUAUAUUUUGUUAAAUCGAUUUUCCAAACGCAAGGCGAAUUUUCACCGGUCUGCACCGCAGCCAGGGUGACAUCACGGUCGUCGGGAAAUGUCACCAACCUCAUCACCACCACCACCAUUGUCAUCAUCAUCAACAUCGCUGUCCUCGCGGGGAAUAUUAAACAACGGAAGCAACCGGAAGCGUGUUUAGACAUUUUAUUAUAAUUGAAAAUUAUAUAAAUGCACAAAUAAUUGAUUGCUCGGUUCAGUUGUUUGUAUGCUUUGCAUCGAAAUUGAAGACGCAUUCACACUUCGCGGUGCUGAUACAUUUGUAUUAUAAUAUUAUAAUCGCACGCACUGUGUAAUAUUAUUGUGGUUUAUCGAGGUAAAAAUUCUUUACACUAAAGUAAAAUGACGAAUAUUGGACGCAUCCGGACAGUAGUGUUAGGAAGUUCUCGCGUUGGGAAAUCUGCUGUCACAGUUCGAUACCUGACAAAGAGAUUUAUUGGGGAAUACAGUUCAAAUACAGACUUGUUGUACAGACACGACGUGACGUUCGAUAGCGUUCUUACUGAAGUGGAAAUACUCGACACAUGCAAAUGUUCGACCACUUGUUUGUUCGACCACAUCCGAUGGGGCGAUGCGUUCGUGAUCGUCUACAGCGUAGUGGACUGGUCGAGUUUCAUCGAAGCAGAAGAUCUUCUGGACAAGUUGAGCAAACUCAAGUUGCCGUCGUACUUCGCUACGUUGUUAUUAGGCAACAAGAGAGACUUGGACCAUUCCAGGUGCGUGGCCGUGGACGCGGGACAAGAGCUGUCGCUGCGGUUCGGGUGCCAGUUCUACGAGGUGAGCGCGGCCGACAACUUCGCCGGCGUAUCGCUGGCGUUCCACUCGUUGCUGCGCGAGACCCGCGCUGUCCAGCUGCUCCGGGGGCUGCCGAUCAGACGCAAGCUGGGCGUGAACAGCGUGUCCAAAGUGCUGGGAACGAUAUUCGGCAAGAACAGCAGCAAACGGGACCGGAAGAAGCGGCCGUCGCUGAGCAUAUGACCCGCGUGGGCGUCCGCUACGGCCGCCGGCGCUCCGAACACGACGCUCACGCUGUGAAAACAGAAAACCAAGCCGACGACGCCC